UUUUAUCACUUUUCAUAAUCUUCAUUAAGCGUUUUUAUCUAACUUCUCGUUUAGAAAUCUCAAUAUCAUUAAUUUGGCCUUCCAUUAUUUUUACUAACUGUUAAUUUUCUUUUCUUCAUCUAUGUCCAUUAUUUUUACUAACUUUUAAUUUUCCUUUUCUUCAUCUAGGUUUUCUUCUUGGCCAUUUACGUUUUCGAAAGUUCCACCUUCAACUUGACAUCAUCUCCCGCACUACUGCUGUAACUUCUUCCAUUUAAACUUGAGUUUUCAGUAAUUUCUGCACAAGGUUGAAUACAAAGCCGUUCCUUAAGUAUUGUGACCCAGUGAAAACAAAGCAAAGAAACUACGCGCAAAAUGGCAGAAAAGAAAGCAUGGAGAAUCUUUCCGAGACCCCUCUUAGAAACCAUCCUCAACAACCACGCGCAGCACCACCGUGUCCCCCAACCCCUCCUCCUUCACGGCCCCAGAGGCGUCGGCAAAACCACCCUCAUUCUUCAACGUUUACUACCCGACUGGAACAAAGGCCCCCAUCUCACCGGAUACGUUGACUUCGCGGAGCAAAUGAAAGUUGACCCUGGCCCAUCACACGGCCCGUGGGCUUCCUGGUCCACCUGCCCGCCGCCACGCCUCUCCGACUGCCGCAAAACCCUUGAGCAUUGCCUGGAAUCCAUGGCCGAGAAGGGUGUCCGCGCCGGCACCAUAAGCUCCCAACAAAUAUUUACUAUCCUCAACAAAUGGCACGGCCUCACCACCGCGCUCCGCCAGGUGCUGCAGAGCAAGUCCCGUGCUACGGACAGGGCUUCCCCUGCCGCGCUAUGGGAGCGGGCCGUGUUGGCCAUGUCUGGGCAAUGCACGGCUGCGGAGGUUGGUCGGAUUUUGGGAUUUGGGGAGAAGAAGAAUGGCUUGUCCGUUGAGGAGGCUUCUUACAUGAAGGAAUCGGUUGUGGCACUAAAGCUGGCGAAGAAGGUGAUCGAGCUUCAGCAAGGGUGGAGGGCCAAUGCCAUUUCUCACAUGAAUCACACCGGUGUGUUCUCCAGGACUUUGACACAUUCUUGUACUGAUUGGCCAUGCUUGUUGUUAGAGUUGUUGUCACAAGCUGCUGAAAUUGAUCAUUUUCAGCCAAAGCUGGUUAUUAACAAUAUUGAAGUUCUAAAGCACGCCAUGGUAAAUAACAAGUUAUCAGUCGGUGGACCCCUAUAUCAUGAUAGUCUAAUAUGGAGAAUAAUUGCUUUGGGUGCAAACGAACGUUGUCUGCCUGUUAUCCUGGUGACAUCUGAUAGUUACUACUCAUAUGAAGCUUUCUUGGAGUUUGGAUAUAUGGAGAUAUUUAUCUCACGUGAGACCUUUGGAUGGACUCCACAAGAAGCCAAAAUGCACGUUGUCACUGACUAUUUUAGUCUUUCAGAAUGGAAAGUGAUCGCUGAGGUACUUGGGCCAAAUCCUCGACAUCUAUUUGAACUUUAUGCACUUAAACAAAGCAAUUAUCAUCUGAAACAAACAGAAGACAAGGCUAGUACCUUCGAGGACAUUGUAGAUGCAUAUAUUGCCUAUUUGCAAAUUACUGUUGUGAAUCCUGCUAUGGAUAUAGCUUUGGAGUUGUUGCAUAAAUUUGCAAUUGAUGUACACAAUGGAAAAAUUUCAGAGGACAGAUUACGUUUUGGUGCAGCUUGGAGGCACCCCCCACAAAUUGACGACCCUAAGUUGCACAAGGAAUGGGCAAAGCUUCAAUUAAUGGAUUUUGUCCAGUCUUUUGCUAAUACAGGAUUUGCGGUCAAUUACCGAAGUGAUUAUAGUGAAGAAAUCUUUGAUGAUCCAUCUGUUGUUGCUUUGUCACAGGUGGGACUGCUUUAUGCUCAACGGGAUCCGCCAUUCAUUCGUCCCAUAUCUAAGGGAAUUCAGAGGUGUCUAGUGAGAUGGCUUGUACAGCAGCGGAUGCAGCUGAAUUCCCACGAUUUGAUUCAUUUCGUGUGGCAUAGACUAAUACGUGGACGACAUUAUCGUCAUUUGAUGGUACAAAUUGGCUAUAAAUAAAGGAUGGAAUCAGGGCAAAGUGGCCAGGAAGUUGAUGCCGUCUAGGUGCAAUAAUUUGAUAUCUUAAGCUGUAGAAGUUGAAUCAACGCUGGCACAAAGUCAGUGUCCAAAUUUGAAGAACAAAACGGUUUAAAACUUCCAUGAAAACACCAAGAUUUGUUUAACUGAAGUCUCUAAUAAAAUGAAGGCAUCGACGAUGACAAAGUUUUAUCUUUUCAGGAUUUUUUUUGCCUUAUCCCACCAUUAGGGUAAGAAUACUAUUUUUCUUCAUCAUUAGGAUGAAUGGUUUAUCUUUUUAUUGGAUUUGGCAGUCAUUAAGAUUUUGUUUAGGCUUUAAUUAUGAAUUGUUCUUUAUUACU